UUUUGUUAAAACUGAAGAAGGCUUAGAUCUCAAAUGGACCUUCUUCUCUUUGCUUUUGUGGGUAUUUAAAGAGAGUCAGGUCCUCUUCAUUUCCUUGCACAAGAAAGAGAGAUUGUGAGAUCUACUGCUACUUUUUCCUUCCACAUCUCAUUCACUUGUUAGAGGGAGGGAGAAAAUUCAUAUAAGGUAAAAGAAGAAAAGAUGGUGAAGAUCUGCUGUAUCGGAGCUGGAUAUGUCGGAGGCCCAACCAUGGCUGUGAUUGCGCUCAAAUGCCCAUCAAUUGAAGUGGUUGUUGUCGACAUAUCAGUCGCUCGGAUCACAGCCUGGAACAGUGAGCAGCUCCCAAUCUAUGAGCCGGGCCUUGACGAUGUGGUCAAGGAGUGCAGAGGGAGGAAUCUCUUCUUCAGUACUGACGUCGAAAAACAUGUCAGUGAAGCAGACAUAAUCUUUGUCUCUGUCAACACCCCAACCAAAACCCGUGGCCUGGGUGCAGGUAAGGCCGCUGAUCUGACUUACUGGGAGAGUGCUGCUCGGAUGAUCGCUGAUGUGUCUAAAUCCGAUAAGAUCGUCGUUGAGAAAUCAACUGUUCCAGUGAAAACAGCCGAGGCGAUUGAAAAGAUACUCACACACAAUAGCAAGGGCAUCAACUUCCAAAUUCUCUCCAACCCAGAAUUCCUUGCAGAAGGAACUGCAAUCCAGGAUCUUUUCCACCCUGAUCGGGUGCUCAUUGGAGGGAGGGAGACCUCAGAAGGCCAGAAAGCCAUCCAGGCCUUGAAAAAUGUCUAUGCUCAUUGGGUGCCCGAGGAUCGGAUCCUAUCCACCAACCUUUGGUCCGCAGAACUCUCGAAGCUUGCAGCCAAUGCGAUCUUAGCUCAGAGGAUCUCAUCCGUCAAUGCAAUGUCAGCCCUCUGCGAAGCGACUGGGGCUGACGUUACAGAGGUGGCCUAUGCCGUCGGGAAGGACUCAAGGAUCGGGCCCAAGUUCCUAAAUGCCAGCGUGGGCUUUGGGGGUUCAUGCUUCCAAAAGGACAUCCUCAACCUGGUAUACAUCUGCGAGUGCAAUGGUCUCCCAGAGGUCGCACACUACUGGAAGCAGGUGAUCAAGAUCAAUGACUACCAGAAGAACCGAUUCGUGAACCGGGUGGUGUCGUCCAUGUUCAACACUGUCUCGGGCAAAAAGAUUGCAGUCCUGGGAUUCGCGUUCAAGAAGGACACUGGGGACACAAGGGAGACGCCUGCGAUCGAUGUUUGCAAGGGGCUGUUGGGUGACAAGGCCUCGAUUAGUAUCUAUGAUCCACAAGUAACUGAGGAUCAGAUCCAGAGGGACCUGUCGAUGAACAAGUUCGACUGGGACCACCCAAUCCACCUGCAGCCAAUGAGCCCCACUGCAGUGAAGCAAGUGAGCGUGGCGUGGGAUGCAUAUGAAGCAACAAAGGGUGCGCAUGGGAUCUGCAUUUUGACAGAGUGGGACGAGUUCAAGGCCCUCGACUAUAAGAAAAUCUACGAAAACAUGCAGAAGCCUGCAUUUGUGUUUGACGGGCGGAACAUCGUCAACGUGGAGAAGCUGAGGGAGAUUGGAUUUAUCGUGUACUCUAUAGGGAAGCCACUGGAUCCAUGGGUCAAGGACUUGCCUGCUGUGGCAUAGACAGUAAAAGAGAGGAGAAGAAAUCAGUAAUUGGUUCAGCAGUACCCAUACUAGAUUGAGAGCAUAAGAUAGACGCAUUUGAUUAUUUUUUUCAACCUCUCCUUUCUUUCUUUUGUUGAAACAUUGCUCUAUUCUGUCAUGUGUUGUUCUUUCUGGCUAAUAGUCUUAGGGUAGGAUCAGCAUUUUGUCUUUGAUAAAAAGAUUGUGGGAUACCUUGUUUUUGCUUUUUAUUAUUGCUUUGUAGUUAAUCAUACUGUAUUAAUAAUUGCGGUGUUUGUUUAUUUUGCUUCAUUGGAAGUUUUUAUAUACACACACCCAUACGAGGUUUGGGUAUGUCAA